AUGACAGGAGUGUCAUGCACGUCCCAACGUGCAUCACGCGCUGCUCGACGCGAGUUGGGGGCGCGCCAAGAACCAAGGCAGGGGGAGGAGGCGGGCUCGAGGCGUGCGGGAAGUGCGACGGGGGAACUUGGGGCAUUGGGGGACGAGGCGGUAGCGGCUGGAAGGGUAGGUGAAAACGCCGCAGUGGGGACUGUGCUGGGGGCCGCUGUGGUGCCCAGAAGGGCGGCUGGAUUGGUGCUUGAGGGAGCUGCUGCUGCUGCUGCGACUGCAGCUGAGACGGUGGCGGACCCUGUGUUUGCCGGCUGUUCUGCCGCUGCCGUUGGCAGCGGCUCAACUUCACACGCUGCCGCCCCACGGGCGGCACAGAAGGAGGCGGAGGAGCCAAGCCCGGGCGUGGAUCAGGAGCAGACCGCGGAGGCGGUGUUGUCGGCGUCUUCGGCGCCUGUAACGACGGCUGUGCUGGCGGCAGUGGUGUCUGCUGCGGCUGGGGAGCAGGGCGCAGCCCCGUCAAAGGUUGACGCGACGCCUGUCGCUGCGAGCGCCGGAACGCGUGUACCUGCCGCGGCCGCAAACAGGCAGGAGCGCGGCCAGGCGGAGGGCAACCGCCAUCUGAGCGAGCGCAUCGGUCGUCAUCGACCAGUGGCGGGGGCAGCACCAACGAAUGAGGAGGAAGCAGCGGGCUCUGAGGACAACGGUGGCGACCCAUAA